ACUUGGAGCUGGGCGCUCGCUUGACUGCUUUAUGUGUCACCAGAUUCCCAUCGGAUGCCGGUACUACCGUGUCACGUCUCACCGCUUACCGCUCACCGCCUCUCCCGUUCGGUCACACUCACAUUCAUACUCACACUCACACGCACACCGACAAAAGCACUCCUUUCUCUUCUCCAAUUCCUCCGACCUUGGCGCGCACGUCCCGCCAUGCCGCGCUCGGCCUGUCCGCCCUGCAUCAGCGCCUGACGCCGCGUGGCGUAGCGCAAGAAGAGCGCGCCGAGGGGCAGCUUAGGGCACCACGGAGUGCGGAUCGGGCAGAGGGACCACUGCCGUGCGGAUCGGUACUGAGCGGUGGAGGGUUGGAGGAGAGGGGCAGGAAGAAUCGGGAGGGAAAGAGGGAGGGAGGGAAAGGGAGGGAGGAGGACGGCACGGGACGCGGGAGGAAUUAAGGCGGGUGGGACGGUGGGAGGGGGAGAGGAGGCGGAGGAGCGAGGCAGGAGGCCGUGAAUCAAAGCUGAUCGCUUGACUCCCCGGGUGCUGUGGUGCAAAGCGGUCGCCAUGAAUUACAAGGGCCUCCUCGUGGCCGCCUUCUAUGGCGUGAUGUCGGUGGCGGCGGUGUUCAUCAACAAGGCCAUCUUCCACGUGUACCGCUUCUCCUUCCCCUACACGCUCGUCUUCUUCCAGACGCUCUUCACGCUCGCGCUCCUUGCCCUCAUGCGCCUCUCUCGCACCAUCCGCCUCGCGCCCUUCCGCCUCCACGUGCUCCGCCGGGUAUCGCUGCUGUCGUUCGCCUUCCUGCUGAAGCUGCUGCUGGACAUGGCGGCGCUGUCGCGGGUGAACAUCCCCAUGUACGGCGUGCUCAAGUCCGCCACCACGCCCUUCGUGCUGCUGCUCGACUUCCUGCUGCGCGCCAAGAGCGCCUCGCUGCGCAUCCAGCUGUCCGUCUACAUGACCGCGCUGGGCGGCGUCAUAGCGGGGCUGGGCGACCUCACGUUCGACCCCGCGGGGUACGUGCUGGCGCUGUCGUCGGCGCUGGCGACGGCGGCGUACGUGGUGAUCGUGGGGAAGCUGGGCGAGGAGCUGCAGGUGGACUCGUUCACGCUGCUGCUCUACAACAACUGCUGGUCGCUGCCCUUCUCCUUCCUGCUGCUCGCCCUCAACGGCGAGCUACCCGCCGUGCAGCGCGUGCUGCACUCGCGCGACACCAUGUUCCUCAUCUGCUUCGUGCUGUCGUGUGCCUCCGCCUUCAUCCUCAACCUCGCCACGUACCUCUGCACGCUCAUCAACGACAGCCUCACCACCAGCAUCGUCGGUCGCACCAAGUCCAUCCUCCAGGGUUUCGGCGGCCUUUUUGCCUUCGGGGAUGUGCUGGUGAGUCCGACAAACCUGGUGGGGCUGCUGGUGAACAGCGGUGGCAUUGGGUGGUAUGCGGUGGAGAAGUACAAGGAGGCGCGGCGGCGGUCGCAGCACAUGUUGUCGCCGGGGCGGGCGGGGCACGCCAUGGACGCCAAGGCCACCAUCACCAGGGACGGCUCGCAGCUGUCCCUCGUGUUCAACGAGGUGAAGACGGAAGAUGCCGACCAACCAGACACUCGCAACGGCUCAGUCUGAAAGCCCUCAGCAACCAUGGUUGGGAUUGGGAUGUCUUCAAGCAUGUGUGCCAUCAUGCUCAGUGUUUCCGUGCUGUCAAUGACUCGGUUGCAUUGCAACCGCCUCCUGCCCAACCGCCUAGUGAACAGCCUCCUUCAGUCUUCCCCAGCAGCUGCAUCUUGUCAGCAAUGGAUGCAGCGUCAGAAUGCUAUUGCAGUGUGUAUGAAAUGGUCGCAUUUCCAAUUAAAUAUGAGAUAAUAGC